GUCGUUGCCGUUCUUCUCUCGCUACGUAGCAGCUACGUCUCCUUACCAUACGCACCGGCCGGUAUCGGCUGUCCAAGAUGACAAACGAGGAAUUGCUGAAGCAGCUCGAGGACUUGACGAAGGACGCCAUGCGUCACCAAGUCCACACUCUCCUCUCCAUCCUCCAACACCAAUGCGGUGUCAGAUACCUCCGCCAACACUUCUCCGGCAAAGACGCGCCGAUCGAUGUAACUGCUUUCAAACGCGCGGUUCCAUUAUCUUCCUACGAUGAUUACGCCGAUUAUAUCAAUCAAUUAGCAGACGGCACCGCCGAUAAUGAUCAGCCCCUCCUAUCUGUUGAUCCUCUAGUUUGCUUCUUUAGCAGCACUGGUACAAGUUCGAUGAAGCCUAAAUUAAUUCCUUACUUUGACUCGGCGCUCUCAAAAGCUGCGUCUUUUUUGGGUCACCAGGGAAGUGGUGCACUUCUUAAAAGGUUGUUUCCUCCAAGGCCAGCGAUAAGUAAGAUAAUGUGGUUUUUAUAUGGUGAUAACAUUACAAUUACUAAAGGUGGUAUGAAAGUAAUGGCCGCUUCUACAUACCCAUUGCAGAGUGGUAAUAGUAAGGCGAGUCAGUCUAUGCUGCUUUCUUGCACCAGUCCUAGAGAAGUGAUUCUUGGAUCAAACUUUGAGCAGCAAAUAUACUGCCACCUUCUUUGUGGGCUUAGGAAUUUUGAUUUGGUUGAUGGAAUUCGAGCCCCAUAUGCAAUAGGCUUGAUUAAAGCUUUUGACCUUCUGGAAUCGAAAUGGGAGCAGCUAUGUGAUGAUGUAGAAAAAGGGUUCCCUAGUUUGGAGAUUAAUGAUGUUUCCAUGAGGGAUUCUGUUGUUCAGGUUCUUGGUGGCCCUCAACCAGAUUUAUCCAAAAGAAUUCGGAGUUUUUGUGAAGAGAAGAACUGGGGUGGGAUUGUAAGUAAAUUAUGGCCUAAUACACGAUACAUCAGAUGUGUUACAACUGGAAGUAUGAAGCAUUAUUAUUCAAGACUUGCGCAUUAUGCAGGAGAGGUGCCUAUCUUAGGUGGAGAUUAUUUUGCAUCAGAAUGCUGUGUGGGUAUUAAUUUGGAUAUUCAGCAGCCACCAGAAUCAACCCAAUUUGUUAUGCUACCAACUGCAGCAUAUUUUGAGUUUCUACCAUUUGACUCAAAGGAGAACAAGACCAUUGCUGAAGAAAUUGUGGAUUUUGAUGGUGUGGAAAUAGGAAAGAUGUAUGAAGUAGUUGUGACUACCUAUAGAGGAUUGUAUAGAUGCCGUCUGGGGGAUAUUGUGAAAGUUGUUGGGUUCUACAAUUCAUCGCCAGAGGUGGAGUUUGUGAUGAGAGCUCCAAAAACUUCAUCUGAGAUUGUGACUGAGAAAGAUUUAACGUCUGCUGUUGAAAAAUUUCAACUUGAGCUUAGAAAUAUGGGCAUUGUGAUAGAGAUCAUGGAAUUUUCAUGUUCCAUUCACAUAGAUGUAAACAAAAGGCUGAAGAUUUUUCUUGAAAUUGAAGAUGGUUGUACGCUUCUGCAGGAGGAUCAGUUGCAGAAUUCAAUUCCAGUCCUUAAAAGGUGUUCUUCCUUUCUUGAGGAUACCAUGGGAGGUAUAUAUAAGGUGCAGAAAGAUAGAGGUGAGUUAUGCCCAUUAGCUAUAUCCAUUUUGAAACCUGGCAGCUUUGACCAUUUAAGACAAAUGGUUAUUAGUAAAGGGGCUCCAGCCAGUCAAUAUAAGGCGCCUAGGAUUUUAAGGAAUCAUGAAUUUGUUGAUCUUUUGGAGGCAUCUGCUCUUGUCACUAUAAAUUAAGAAUCUUUUUCUCCAUGGAUUGGGGUCCCAUAAUCUGGCAUUGUUGGACCAAUGUAUGCUGCUCAUUUGACCAACUUGUGCUUCUCUCUUGCCUCUUAUGACAUGAGGUCUUACUUUGUUAUCAAACAGAAACAGAAUGCAUGUGUCAUGUCUCUGCUUUAUGGGGGAAUAGACUCGUUUCAGUUUUCAGUUCCCUUCCACCUUCGUUCCCCAUUUUUUUUUUUUUUCUGAUCUUUUACACAGUCUUCAAUGAUAACCAGAAGGGCAUCUAUACAAGUGUAGAUGCCAGUGAAUCAGAUAUAAUCUCUAAGCACACUUGUAAUGUUAGCUGAACACACUGUAAGAGUGGUUCUCCUUCCUUUUUUCUUAAUUUCCUCUUUCAAGGUAUACUGGAUGCAUUAAUUUAGUUGUAAUGUUAAGGACAAGUGUCAUGACUACCUUGUAGCUUCUUUGAUAUUAUGUCUACGUUGUCCUGCUAUUUGCUAGAUCCACCUAUACCAUGUUCUUUAUGUUAAAUACAAUAACUUCUUAGUG